UCAUUAUAUGUCAAAAUUGUCAAAAGCGUUUCUAACCUCCAAACCUGAAAAAUUUGAUUUUUAAGUUUUAGUUGCAUUUAAAAUACUAUGAUAGGAAUUUAAAAUGGUAUUUUACUUUGAAAGCACUGUCGUUUCACCUCCUACAGUCUUAUUUAUGGGUAUAGACAAAAAUGAAAAUGAAGAUCUAAUCAAAUGGGGCUGGCCAGAAGAUGUUUGGUUUCAUGUGGAUAAAGUAUCUUCUGCCCAUGUUUAUCUUCGGUUACCACCUGGACAGACAAUAGACGAUAUACCCUCAACAGUUUUAGAAGAUGCCGCCCAACUCGUUAAAGCUAACAGUAUAAAUGGAAACAAAAUGAAUGAUGUCGAUGUAGUGUAUACCAUGUGGGCGAACCUGAAAAAAACACCUGGUAUGGAAGUUGGCCAAGUGGGAUUUCAUAAAGAAAAGGAAGUGCGAAAAAUCAGAGUAGCAAAACGAAUUAAUGAAAUUGUCAAUAGGCUAAACAAAACAAAGAAAGAAGAGCAUCCAGAUUUUAGGGGAGAACGCGAAAAGAGAGAUAGGUUAGAGAGAGAAGACAAAAAGAAAAACUUACGGGAACAAAAGAAAAAAGAGGAAGAUGAAGAAAAGAAACGGAAAGAAGAUGCUGAACUUAAAAGUUAUAAUUCUUUAAUGAAUGCAGAUAAUAUGGCCAAAUACGACGAUGGCAAUGAUUCCGAUGAUUUUAUGUAAUGUAAGUUUUAAGGCGAUGAUAUUGAGAAGAAAACAUACUCGUUUUGUUUAAACAAUUUAUUUGUUUUUCAACUUUUUACAUUUGUGUCAAAAUUAUUUUGUAACAUCUUUGGUUAAGUUUUUAUAAAAAUACAAAAAGUAAAUACUG